AUGAAUAAUGCAUCUGCAGUUUUAAAUGAACCAAGCAGUCAGUCUAUGCUGAUUUUGGCAAGCAAUGAUUUGAUCAGCAACCAGUCUUUGCAUAUAUUCGUUUGGAUCUUCUAUGCGGGACUGACUCUGUUCAUUGAUGUUUUUGGCACCAUGACAAACAUAAUCAACAUUGUGUGUUUUAUAAAACAAGGAUUCAGAGAUAUUGUCAACAUAAGUUUGAUGG